UUUCAUUAAUACAUGUUCCGAAUGAAGUUCCCCUCACGUACAGCUCAACUGUCAAAUACCUGUAUAUAAUAAGCUUAAACUAACCAUUAUCACUUACCAGAGUAGCUCCUGCUCUUUCUCCAAUGGAGGGCCAAAAACAACCGGAGCAACUCGAGUUCAUUUUCCGAUCAAAACUCCCCGAUAUUUAUAUCCCAAACCACCUCCCUCUUCACACAUACUGCUUCGAAAACAUUUCCAAAUUCAAAGACCGCCCCUGCAUUAUCAACGGCGCCGACGGUAAGGUCUUUAAGCACGGCGAAGUCGAGCUCACUGCGAGAAAAGUUGCCGCCGGUCUGCACAAGCUGGGCAUCAAACAAGGCGACGUGAUCAUGCUCUUGCUCCAAAACUCGCCGGAGUUCGUCUUCACGUUCAUUGGUGCAUCGUAUCUCGGCGCCAUAAUCACCACUGCGAAUCCUUUCUUCACCCCAUCGGAGGUGGCCAAGCAGGCGACGACGUCGAACACCAAGCUGGUCAUUACUCAAUCCUCCUACGUGGACAAAGUGAGAAAUUUUUCCAAGAACCAUGGGGUAAAAAUAGUGACCGUCGACGACCUGGAGGAGGAUUAUUGCUUGUCUUUCUCCGAGCUUUCUGGCGCCGACGAGACAGAAAUUCCGGCUGUGAAGAUAAACCCAGAUGACGUCGUGGCUCUGCUGUACUCGUCGGGGACGACGGGGUUGCCGAAAGGGGUGAUGUUAACCCACAGGGGUCUGGUGACAAACGUCGCCCAACAGGUUGACGGAGAGAAUCCGAACAUGUACUUUACCGAGAAGGACGUGGUUCUGUGCGUUUCACCGUUGUUCCAUUUAUACUCUUUGAACUCGGUGAUGCUGUGUGCGUUUAGAGUGGGGGCGGCGAUACUGACAAUGAAGAAGUUUGAGAUGGUGAGGUUGAUGGAGCUGGUGGAGAAGCACAGGGUGACGGUAGCUCCGUUAGUCCCGCCGAUCGUUCUGGCGAUAGGAAAGAGCUCAGACGUUAGGAACUAUGACCUGUCGUCGAUCAGGAUGAUUAUAUCCAGUGCUUCUCCGCUGGGGAAGAAGGUUGAGGAUGCUGUUAGAACCAAGCUUCCUAAUGCCAAACUUGGACAGGGAUAUGGAAUGACAGAGGGUGGCACACUAUCAAUGAGCCUGGCAUUUGCAAAGGAACCCUUUGAGGUAAAAUCCGGUGCGUGCGGGACCGUCGUAAGAAAUGCGGAGAUGAAAAUCGUUGACCCAGAAACCGGACUUUCCCUUCCUCCAAAUCAGGCCGGAGAGAUUUGCAUCAGAGGUGCCCAGAUCAUGAAAGGUUACCUUAACGACGAGGAGGCGACAAAGAGAACGGUAGACAAAGAUGGAUGGUUACACACAGGCGAUGUGGGAUACAUCGAUGAUGACGAUCAGGUUUUCAUCGUUGAUAGAUUCAAGGAAUUGAUUAAGUACAAAGGAUUCCAAGUGGCUCCGGCUGAGCUCGAGUCUAUGUUGAUUGCACAUCCCGAUAUCUCUGAUGCCGCAGUUAUCCCGAUGAAAGAUGAGGUUGCAGGGGAGGUUCCUGUUGCAUUUGUGGUCAGAUCAAGUGGUUCCAAGAUUGUUGAAGAUGAAAUCAGAGAAUAUAUUUCAAAGCAGGUUGUGUUUUACAAGAGACUUGCUGGAGUUUUCUUCACGGAUUCCAUUCCUAAAGCUCCAUCAGGCAAAAUCCUAAGAAAAGAAUUGAGAGCGAGAUUAGCAGCUGCUCUUCCCAAUUAAGACAAGCACAUAUUAAAAGCAAUUUUUUUUUUUUUUUUUUUUGUAUAAGCACUUCUUUUUUCUUCAUGGAGGCAAUACGCACACACAUAUAUAUACACACACACACAAAUUACUUUGCCCUUGAAAAAAAAUUGAUUAUGAAGCUCUAUGAGGAUCCCUUCGGGAGGCAAAGUGCUUAGCUAUUGUCCCUAUGUAUUUUAUAUCUACUAUGAUGAAGGUAAAUCUAUAGUUAAUAUUGUAAAAGGAUUUGUAGGAAAAGAAAAAGGUGCAAUUUUUUUGACCAUAAAAAUACAAAAGAUUUUUUUCUACGAACAUAUUAAUUAACCACCUAUACGGUGCCGUUCUGUUAGUUACAUUGGGCUCAUCUUUCUAUGAGCCUCAAGCCCAUAUAUGUACAACUAUUUGUGGGCUUUGUUUGAACCCACAGUUCAAUGGACUCCUAAUGUCAACUUUAUUA